AUGAAGAAACGAGCACAACCACAAACUGCUAUCAAAAAACCGAAUUCCUCCCUUCCUCAGAUGAAAACAUCAAGUAAACAACCAUCGGAAAAGAGUAAACUAAAUGCUCCCUUCCUGGAGGAAUUUAUGAAACAAUUCGAGGAAGAAAAGAGAAAAAAGACGAGUGCAAAUAAAUCAAAUACAAAGGAUUUCCUAACCAUGCUUUUAAAACAACAAGAAAAGAUAAGUAAAAAAGAGGAGGAGGAAGCUAAAAAGUUAGAAAAGGAAAAGGAAUUAACAAAAAUUGAAAUUUUAGAAAAGAAACAAAAGAAUUUGGAAAAGUUAAGAAAAAAGGCUUUACCAAACGCAAAUUUCACUCCAUUUGUUUUUAAUACUUUACAGUUCUUUGAGGAUAAUUUAGAAUAUUUUGCUAAACAUACAAUUGAAUUUCAAAGACUUGUUGCUCAAUUACGUACUAAAGAGGAACAACAAAUAUUUCUCCACACUGUUUUCAUGUAUUAUUAUGUGGAUGUUCUGCUGGCAAAACGAAAGAAUAAUGAAGAACCAGAGGAAAAGAUUAAUCAACGAUAUGGAAUGUCAUCUACGGAUGAAUUAUAUUUGAGAUAUAUGCAAUCACAACAGCAAAACUCGUUAAAUAAUCAAACGACCAAGAGUUUAGUAGAUCUUAAUAUGCCUGUAAAUCAAAAACUUAUAGCAACCACGUUGAAAAAAUUUGAGCAAGGAUUCAAGGAUAGUGAGGAAUUAUAUGAUUUAGUUAACAAGUUGAAUUCAAAGGAGAGUUUAAUAGUUGACUCUUGUUUGGAAAGUCUAAAGGUAUUUGACAAGUAG